CGAACCGCUAUCUAUGGAGCAAUUAGUUCAUGCUCCGUUUCUUCUAUUUGUUUGAUAAAACAUGGCGGCAGCGGUUAAUGGCUGGUUAUUAAACAAUCUUUCCACGAUGUAUAGACAAGCAUCGUGUCUUAAUUUUUAUCCCUUAAUCAGUUUCCUACAAGCGCGAAAUUAUGCUGCCAGGAAGGGUACGAGAGAAAAAGCAAGGAAGAAAAAAGUCAAAAAGGUCAUUGAAAAAAUAGGCUUUAUUCCGCACGAACAGAGAGUGAAAACUGGAGGUAGAAAAAAGGCACUCGAGUUAAAGGAUAUUUCCCCAGACGAUAGUAAGAAGUUCGAACCAAUAGAUAAUGUAUGGAUUUCAAAAUUUCACAAAUGGAAAAUUUAUUCAUUCGAAGAAGCAGUGCAAAAUCAUCGUGAAACGCAUCAUCCCACUAUAUAUAAUUUGCCAAAUGAACCCAUAAAAGCGUUUCUAGAAUUGGAUAUGCAGCAUGUGAAAAAGACAAAAUUUGUCGACGCUUUUACACGAAUAGUAUGUCUACCACAUGUAUUCGAUCAUGGUCAAACUAGAAAACUACUGGUAUUCUGUAAGAAUCCCGAAAUGGAAGAUAUUGCAAGAGAUGCCGGAGCUGAUUAUGUUGGUGGUAAACAGUUAAUAAAACAGAUUCAGAAUGGACAAUUUUCAAUGAAGGAAUACGAUAUUAUUUUGUCAGAACCAACUAUUUUGCCCGAUUUGCUAUUAAUUAGGGGACUUAUGAGGAAGAAAUUUCCCAACGCUAAAUCAGGUACCUUGGGUACUGAUUUAAAAACGAUGAUAACGAAGUUUCUGACUGGUAUGAGAUAUACGGGAAAGCCACAUGAAACUCUUAAAUCUUUUGGAACUGUCGAUGUUGCAUUUGGAACGCUUGAUAUGGAUACAAAACAGUUGGAGGAGAAUUUUGCUACCGUUAUUAAGGAUGUCAACGAAGCAAAGCCACGUCGACCAGAACCUUUCAUCACAAGAGCUGUAAUUACAUGUUCGCCAUCACCAGAAAGGUUUAAAGUUAACUUUGAACAGUAUCUACUUAAAAAUAAAGCACUCGAAGCAGAAGCAGAAGCAGAAGAAGAAGAAGAAGAAGAAGAAGAAGAAGAAGCAAAGCAAGACGCUGUUAUUGCGUCUCAUUAAAUUUGUUCAUAGGACUAUCAAUAAAAUAUUAUAUGUAGUUAUAAAGAUA